AUGGCCGAGCCUCAAACGAAAGACAACCUCGCCCGCAUCAGGGAUAACCAGCGCCGCUCACGCGCGCGCAAGAAAGAGUACCUCCAGGAACUCGAGUCCAAGUACCGUGCCUGCGAGCAAAUGGGUGUUCAGGCAUCUGCCGAAAUCCAGGCUGCCGCAAAGCGCGUCCUUGACGAGAACCGCCGUCUGCGCGCCCUGUUGCAAAAGAUGGGCGUGUCCGACUCUGAAAUUGACAGCUUCAACGAUCCCAAUCCGAAUCCAGCAGACACCCUGGAUGCCAUGCUUCGGAACCGUCGCCCAUGCAAUCCAGGCUCGCAGUCGGCUUGUGGCAGCAGCAGGAGCGGUGCCAGCAGCAAAAGCCCGGCCUCACAGGCGCCUACAUCGACACCCCUGUCAACUACCAGUCUAGAACCACCUGCUCUACCGCCCCCAGCUCAGCCCUCGCCGCGGUCCCACUCCAGCGCGACUAGCAUAAGCUCGACCUUCAGUACACCCCCUACUGCAGAGUCGCCCAUGGUCCCGAUUGCACCUCUACCGUCCUUUCCGACCAACACCCCUCCGGAUCCAUCAAGUGCUUACGGCCCCUCGUACAAUGCCUACUAUGCCAUCCCCAACCUGGGCAACUGGACUUGGCCUACCCUUAACGACAUGCCUGAUACCCCUACUCAGCACAUCCCCAACUCCUCGUCAUGCCUUCAGGCCGCCGAUAUCAUCCGCGGAAUGCGCAGCGACGUCGGCCCUGAACUGGAGCAAGAAAUGGGAUGCAACGCUGAAGGUCAAGAUUGCAAAGUCGACAACAACGUCAUUUUCGACCUGGUCGACAAAUACUCCAUGCAGGGCUUAUGA